AUGAAAGUGUCUCCGUCCUCCUUCACUUCUUGUGGGAACCCAGCUGGACUGAAGCCAACAGAGCUGGCCUUGGUGAGCGGAGGACUUCUCACCAGGAACGAUCUUCAAAGCGAUGGCAUCUAUUUGAAUCAAAUAUCCAGGAGAGCAGGCGGGCACAAGAUCAUGUUUGCCAGGAGAGCACAAUAUGAACAGCAGAGACUUCACAUGAUGAGGCCUAAAGGGAUGCCAGACCCUCCAAGGGACUACCUGCCUACCAAGGUGUCCUCAAACUCUGCCAGGCCCACCUGCUCCCAGCUGGGCCAGAGCUGCCUGCCUCACCAGGGAUGCUGUGAGACCUGUUCUACCUGCCAUUGCCACUUCUUCCAAGCCAUUUGCUUCUGCCGGAGGAGAAGUGUGUCGUGCAGCCAAAACUCUUGA